AUGAGCCCCCGGGGAGAAGGGGAGAGAAGGCGUCCCCACCCACGCCUGCCCUGCGCCUCUUCCCGGCCUGGGAGACCUCGGCCGCCUGGGAGGGGUCUGUGCCCGCCCACAGCCGGCCUCCGAGGUCAGCCCAGGCCAGGGAGAUGGUCCUCUGAAAAAUCAGCCUUUCUUUUCCUCUCCAGCCAGAUGGCCCGGCCGCUGUCCACCCCCAGCCCUUCACAAAUGCAAGCCAGGAAGAAACGCAGAGGGAUCAUAGAGAAACGGCGCCGGGACCGUAUCAACAGCAGCCUUUCUGAACUGCGGCGCUUGGUCCCCACUGCCUUUGAGAAGCAGGGCUCCUCCAAGCUGGAGAAAGCCGAGGUCCUGCAGAUGACGGUAGAUCACUUGAAAAUGCUCCACGCCACUGGCGGGACAGGAUUCUUUGAUGCUCGAGCCCUGGCAGUCGACUUCCGGAGCAUCGGUUUUCGGGAGUGCCUUACCGAGGUCAUCAGGUACCUGGGGGUCCUGGAAGGGCCCAGCAACCGUGCAGACCCGGUGCGGAUUCGCCUUCUCUCCCACCUCAACAGCUAUGCAGCCGAGAUGGAACCUUCACCCACGCCCGCUGGCCCCCUGGCCUUUCCUGCCUGGCCCUGGUCCUUCUUCCAUAGCUGUCCAGGGCUAUCUGCCCCGAGCAGCCAGCUCGCCAUCCUAGGAAGAGUGCCCGGCCCCAUCCUCCCCAGCACCUCCUCUCUGGCUUACCCCAUCCCGGCCUUCAGAACCACUCCCUUGCGCAGAGCCACUGGCACCAUUCUGCCAGCCCGGAGGAAUUUGCUGCCCAGUCGAGGGGCAUCUUCUACCCGGAGGGCCCGCCCACUGGAGAGGCCAGCUGCACCCCUGCCACCCAGUGGCAGGGCUGCCAGGAGCAGCCACAUGGCACCCCUCCUGCGAUCUUCUUCCCCCGCCCCUCCUGGCAUUGUGGGGUCUCCUGCUUAUGUGGCUGUUCCUGGGUCUUCCCAGGGGGCAGCUGGGAGGCCAGCAGGAGCUGUGCUCUGCCACUCCUGGGUCUCUGAAAUCACUGAAGUCGGGGCUUUCUGAGCUGGCUUUGCCCCCAGGAAUGAGGAGAGUUCUUUUUCCAGGAGCUCUAAACAUGGCGUUGCCUUUUCUGCUCUGCUUCCUGGACUGGUUCAUAUGUGAAGGUGUCUUCUUCACCCGGCAGAGGCCCCCUUCUCCUUUGGCUCCUCUCCCCUCCUCACUGCUUGUCCCAGCUUCUCCUGGGGCUGUUCUGAUCUCAGAAGCUUGGUCUCAUUUUUUCCCUGGAGAGAUGAGUCUCAGGAGAGCCCCCCAAGAGCUGUACCCAGACCCCUCUCCUGCUCCAGGACACAUGGGCAGUAGGCAUUAAUCUCAGGUUGGGGAACAACGCUUUAACCUAAAAGGCACAAUGACCUAAGGCACGCUGCUCCCCUAGAGAUCAGACCCCAGCCAAGAGCAGUGACUUCCUGGCUGCAGCCUUCCCAGGCCCCCAGGGGCCGGAACAUAGUGUCUAUCUCACUUCCUGAGACAGUAACCACACAGGGGCCACAAAGAGGUCUCCUGGGAACCCUGUCUGCCCCAGCCCACCUGUCUCCCGCCCACUGCAGUGAACCCAGAACAGACCCGCUGUCCCCCACGGCCAAGGCUGGGGACUGGGAGCCCAGCAGGGCCCGUUCCUGCCCUCUUGCCAGCUGCUGACACCUACCCUCCAGCUGACCAGCAGUUCCCUGCACACAGCUGGGUGGUCUCCGGGCUCCGUGACAGGGUGUACUCACCACCAGGCCUCGGAUGGCGUCCCCAGACAGGAGCCAGGCUUGAGCCACAGAGAACCCAGCUCCCUGCCUACCACACGGCCGCCGUCCUCCAGGCCUGUGGUCCCGUCGGAUGCAUGUUCCCACGUGAUGGCGCCCCGAGAGGAGUCCUCUUGGGAUUCAGCACCAGCCGUUUGUGCUGCCUGUUUUGCAUCCGACUCACGGGGCCCAGACUGCUGGGACCGCCAAGGGCUGUCAGGCUGGACGAAAAUAACUGCGAGGAGGGGCGAGAGGAAGGACAGUCAGAGGCAGCUCGGCCCUUCAAGGUCACACAGUGGGUCGAGGGCCUGAGAUCCUGUUCACCCGGGAUUCCACGCGGCUGGCUCUGCUCAAAGGCCAUGCAUGGCGUUACCCAGCUUCAGCCCAGGCCACUUUCCCUCUAACAGAGGGAACAAAUGGCCCAGAGACCUUUCCCAGUGGGGCAGCAGGAACUGGACAAGACAGGGGCAGACCAGAAGCGACACACAGCCGGCCCAGCGCUGCCAGAUGGUUGUUAAAAUGUAGAAACACUUCUGUGCUCAUUGACAGACCUGCUUUCCCUGAGUGUUCCCACCACAUGGCUUUUCUCCCAGGACCCCGUGCUGGUUAAUGCCCGGCCGACCCAAGGCCGUGGGGCCCUCCAGCUGGCAAGUCGUUGGUGCUUAUUCUGCACUGGUUAUUAAAUGCUUCUGAGGUCACCCCUGGAAGAGUCUCCCACUCCCAUCCUUUGAUGGAACUACCCUUCCCAGAGGCUGCAUUGAGGAGACUCCACGAGCUCAAAAAGUAGAGUCUGCAAACGCCCUGGGGAAAAAGGGCCCUUUCAGAGAAGUGGGUAGGAGGGCAGAGAUCAUUUAAAUGACCCAGAAAGCUCUUUUGAGAAGGCAAAUUCCUCAAGGAGGGAUAAAGAACUAAAGUAAUUCUUUUACUCCUCAGUGUGAGGUAGUUGGAUCAGAUAUUGCUCUCCUCCUGGACCCAUCUGUGUGUACAGCAGUGAGGAGGUGUCAUUUCAGGGCGUGGGUCACUGGCCAGGAGUGCUCCUGAGGCAGACAGAGAUAGAGGGAAAUAGCGAGGGAGGGAAGGCAGUCAGCAGGCUCCCAGGAGUUGGGAGGGGGGGCAGAGGGAGGUGGCAGAAGGCAAAGACCAACUUCACCUUUUUCACAAGGGGCGGGAAGAACGGCGCUCCCCACCCCUCCCCCUCCUUCCCUGCACUCUCCCCCUCCCCCUCCUCCCCUGCACUCUCCCCUCCCCCUCCUCCCCUGCACUCUCCCCCUCCUCUCCUGCACUCUCCCCCUCCCCCUCUUCCCCUUCACUCUCCCCCUCCUCUCCUGCACUCUCCCCCUCCCCCUCUUCCCCUGCACUCUCCCCCUCCCCCUCCUCCCCUGCACUCUCCCCCUCCCCCUCCUCCCCUGCACUCUCCCCCUCCUCUCCUGCACUCUCCACCUCCCCCUCUUCCCCUGCACUCUCCCCCUCCCCCUCCUCCCCUGCACUCUCCCCCUCCCCCUCCUCCCCUGCCCUCUCCUCCUCCCUGGCCACUGCAGGUGGUGGCUCACUGCUCCCAAGAUACCAGUCAGUGCUCCAGUCCUGCAGUUUGACCACUUCCUAGCCCAAGAAUCCAACAUUUACUCAUGGCGGGAUGGUGGGAAACACACUUUCAUGUUUCAAAUGCCCAACUCCAAAAGAACCAGUUGACACCGUUGAAUGAGGUGGAAAUGGCCCAGAACUUCGAACAUCUUAGUUGCUCUUAGGUUCAUUCUCCCUGAGAGAUUGUGCGGGGAAAGGUGACUGUGUGUACUGGUUUCUGUGGUUGAGAACUCAUAUCUUUGUUUAUAUUCCCAAGCCUUUCUGGUGCCCCCGACUCCCACCCCAUCACUGGGGUUGUCGCAGACAUUCAAUAAAGUUUUUUUUCUUUAGCUCUUCUGGAAACCUCUGCAAGGUUCUACUUCUUAAAUAUCUCUGGAGUCCAUCUACUUCUCUCUGAUCCCAUAGCCUUCACCCUGGUCUGGCCACAUCACUUCUCCCCAGAUCACUGCCCUCCAAAAGGUCGCUUUGCUUCCUUCCUGCUUUGCCAGUCAGUUCUCAACGCAACCAGAAAGAGCUUUAAACACGCAAACCAUAUCAUAUCAACUCUGGUUUAAAAUCCUUACCCUAUUACCCUAUUAUUCUAAGGAUAAAAUCCAAGCUCUUCCUCAUCUGGUCCCAAACUCACUUCCAGCUUUUUUCUUGCCAAUCCCAAUCUUGUUCCCUGUGCUUCUGCCACCCUGGCCUUCCUUCAUUUCUUCCACAUUCCAACCUCAUUCCCACCUCCAGGACUUUGCACAUGCUGUGCCCUUUGCCCAGAAUGCUCUUCCUCUACCCUUUGCAGGCUGAGCUCUUCAUACCCUCAGGCCUUGGCAUAAAUGCCACCUCCUCAGAGAGGCCUUCCCUGACUACUGGGCUUGAAUCUAUCUCAACGUCCUCUAUCUUUUUGUUGUUGUUCUCGUAUGGAAAUUACCAUUGCACAUCCAUUUGUGUAUUUACUUGUUGGUUGCUCCCCCACCAGCACGUAAGCUCCGUGAGGCCAGGGACCAUGCCUGGUUUGCAUUCCACCCUGUAUCCAGUGCCAACCACGGUACCUGGCUCAACGUCAGGGUUCAAUAAAUAUUUGUUGAAUAAA